AUGGCAGCACGAUCAGAACCACUUUCGAUAGAGUCCUUGCUACAGAGACAGAAGGAGGAGCGUGAGGCUGCUGCAAAACCUAAAUUCCUCUCAAAAGAAGAGCGUGCAAAGAUAGCUAUUGCCAAGCGUGCUGCAGAGCUCAAAGAGCAACGGGAACGCAGUGAGAAGUCACGAGCGGACCGUGAAGUUCUAGAACGUGAAGCUGAGGAAGUAAGGCAGCGGGAGCAAGAAAGGGAGCGUGCUGCUAGAUAUAGCAGUGCUCCUGCUCGACAUGAUGAUAGAGAGUCAAGAUAUGGACAUCCCGAAAAGGAUACCCGACAUGGGCACGGACACGGACACGGACACGGACGGAGAGGUCGAGGAGGUGGACCACCUCCGGAUGACCGUCGUGCGCAGCCCCCACCAUCGAAACACAUACCAAAUGCUCCAACAGGUCCAAGGGCCGACCGUCUCAAAAACUCAAACCCGCCUUCCGGUCCUGUCUCCUCCAGCGCAUCCCCUGCACCCAUUAGCAAUGCUAAUAGCACCAGUAAUGCGAAUGGGAAUGACCCUCUUUCGGAGCCCAGCACAUCCUAUGUACCUCCCAUGACCGAGAGCGAUCUCAGUGCUGUACGUGAUCGCUAUCUUGGUGUAAACACCAAAAAGCGCAAGAUCCGCAAAAUGAAUGACCGGAAAUUCGUCUUUGACUGGAAUGUGGAGGAAGACACAUUCUCGAGCGAUUCUCCUGUUGCUGUUGGUGUGAACCGUCAGGGUGCGCAGGUGAUGUUUGGUCGUGGUCACGUUGGUGGAUUUGACGACGGUGGUGGCGAGAGAAUUGGUCGAGGGGCUGCCACUGCCAACUUGGCUGACGCAAUGGAGAGAAGGAUGGCAGCGAAGAGUGGUCUUGAUGAGAGGCAUUGGUCGGAGAAGCCGUUGGAAGAGAUGAGGGAGCGUGACUGGCGGAUAUUCAGGGAGGACUUUAGUAUUGCUGCUCGAGGUGGUUCGAUACCUCACCCCCUGCGUUCAUGGACAGAGUCACAGAUCCCACAGAAGAUAUUGAAUGUCAUCGACAAGAUUGGUUACAAAGAACCCUCCGCCAUCCAACGACAAGCAAUUCCCAUCGGACUGCAGAACCGCGAUAUCAUAGGUAUUGCAGAGACAGGUUCCGGAAAAACUGCAGCCUUCGUCAUCCCUAUGCUCACCUUCAUUUCCAACAUGCCACUUUUCACAGACGAGAACCGCCACCUCGGUCCCUAUGCACUCAUCCUUGCCCCUACGCGUGAGCUUGCCCAGCAAAUUGAGGCUGAGGCACGCAAGUUUGCAUCACCACUGGGCUUCACUUGUGUAUCUAUAGUCGGUGGUCGCGCAGUUGAAGAACAACAAUUCAACCUCCGUGAAGGAGCCGAGAUCAUUAUCGCUACGCCUGGACGUCUGAAAGACGUUCUAGAGCGGCAUGUACUCGUACUUUCUCAAUGUCGUUACAUCGUCAUGGAUGAAGCAGACCGCAUGGUGCACCUCGGGUUUGAAACGGACUUGUUGUUCAUCCUUGACAAGCUCCCAAGCGAGACGAUGGUAGGCGAGGAUACUGGGGCAAUGGACGUCGACGGCGAGGAAGUGAAGAAGGGUCGCACUCGGGUAACAACCCUAUUUAGUGCGACCAUGCCGCCUGCUGUCGAACGGCUUGCAAGGAAAUAUCUCAAGAGACCUGCUACCAUCACUAUCGGUGAGGCUGGUCGUGCGGUUGAUACCGUCGUCCAGAGAGUCGAAUUUGUCAAUGGAGACGAAAAGAAGAAGCAAUUGAUGCUGGAGAUUCUCAACAGUGGCCAGUAUCCAUCACCGAUCAUUGUCUUUGUCAACCAAAAGAAAACGGCAGACAUGGUUGCAAAGGAUCUCUCGCGUGCUGGGUGGUCUGCUGCGACGCUACACUCUGGAAAAACGCAAGAACAGCGUGAGGCUUCCCUACAGUCAUUACGUUCUGGCGACUCCGACAUCCUUGUUGCCACGGAUCUUGCUGGACGUGGUAUUGAUGUCCAGGAUGUCAGUCUUGUCAUCAACUACCAGAUGGCAGGUACCAUCGAGGCAUACGUACAUCGUAUCGGUCGUACGGGUCGUGCGGGCAAACAGGGUACGGCGAUCACUUUCUUGACAAAUGAUGACGACGAAGUCAUGUACGAUCUCAAACAAGAAAUAUCCAAGAGCCCCGUGUCCAAAGUCUCGCCAGAACUCGCAAAGCACGAAUCGGCACAGCACAAGGUUUCACGAGAGAUGAAGAGGAAGCGAGAUGCUGAUGAUGUUGGUUGA